AUGGAAGCCGCAGGAAUGAAGGAAGGUAACAUUGGUGACAAACAUGGCCCGCGAGUGGCGAAGAUUCGGGCAUCUAAAGUACAAGUUGGAAGAGGCAGCUCUAUGAGCUCUGGAGGGGAAGGGAAAGAAGCCGCAGAUGCUGAAGAUGCUGCGGAAGGGCGAUCAGUGGGAGUGGAUGCGGUCAAGAAAAGAUCGUUUGGAGAGGGAAGAAGUAGGGCAGUGGCAGCGGCUGCAACAGAAUCUGGUGGAAAAUCAAGGGCUGGUAGUUCUGCGUCAGUUGGUGAAGCAGCAGGAGAUAGAGAUGGUGAUGGAGGAGAGGGGGGAGGGAGAGGAGGAGGAGGAGGAGGAGGAGGAGGAGGAGGAGGAGGAGGAGGAGGAGGAGGAGGAGGAGGAGGAGGAGGAGGGGUAGCAAUAGAGGCGUCAGCAGUAGCAGUACCAGCAUACCCUCUUGAAAGAAGCUCCACUGUCGGCAGCAGCAGCUCCAGCAGAACCGCCCCUUUCUCCUCUGCCCCAUCCACCUCGUCCUCUUCCGCCUUUGCUCCUUCCGCCCCGGCCUUUUUCUUACACUCCAGCCUUCCUGCUUCCUCUGCUUAUUCCACAUCUACCUCUUUCCUACACUCCACCUUUCCUGCCACCUAUUCCCAUUACCCCUCUUCCUCAUUCCUACAAUCCACCCUUCCUGUUUACCCUUCCCAUUACCUCUCUUCCUCUUUCCCACAGUCCACCAUUCAUGCUAUCUCUUCCCCUGAAGCUGCACUUACCACUCUUCCUCUCCAUGUCAUACUUCCGUCUUAUCCUGGUGUACUGCAAGCCUCAGCUGUCACACCAUUCCCUUGUGGUGAUACCAUGGGUCGCUUUUCUAUCCCGCAGCAGAAUUCACCUUGUGCUGGAACUGGUGGGACAGGUUUGCUGGGCUUAGGUGGGCUAGGAGCAGGUACGGUCAGGAUUAAAGGGUUGGGAAUUGAGGGCGUGGCAGCAGACGCGGAGCGGUCCUAUGCGUGUGCGGAGCGGUUUGUUCAGCAGCUGGUGAAAAUUGAAGAAGCAAAUGAGGCUGGAGUGGGUGGGGUUCGUGCUACAGAACGCAAGCAGGGAGCAGAACAAGGGGAGAUUUGUACAUGGGAAGGAAUCAGUGGGAGCAGGAGGAAGGUGGGGACGAUGGAGGAGGAGGAGGAUGAGGAGGAGGAGGAGGAGGAGGAGGAGGAGGAGGAGGAGGAGGAGGAGGAGGAGGAGGAGGAGGAGGAGGAGGAGGAGGAGGAGGAGGAGGAGGAGGAGGAGGCAGAGGAGGAGGAGGGGAGUGUGAUGGAGAGGACGACAAGAAUUGAUGAGCAUUUUUCUUGCCUUGUUUCUCGUCAUGGUUGUGUGGCAACGGUGACAGAAAUGGGGGCAGCAGAUCAGUACCAAGAGUUGCCUCACAGCCAUCACUCACAGGCGCAGCAGCGAAACCAAAAGGCAGAAAACGACCACCAGCAUGAGCAGCAGCACCUGCAGACUCUGCUGCAGAAGCAAUUGCAUUUAAUGGACCAACAUGAGCAUAUGCAGCAGCAGCAGCAGAAGAAACGCCUUGCGUCAAGCUUCCCACGAUGCAACUCUCUUCCCCCAAAGGCUGGAAGGAGGGGCACAAAAGGUGCACGGUGGGCUUCAGCAGACCUCACAGCUCAACCUUUCUUCAAAGAGGAAAAUAUGGAGCCACAGACGUUUGGUAGCCACACCCCGGACUUCAGAAGAGACGACAAAAGGAUGUGGAUGGACUUGAUGCAGAUGGCACAGCAGCAGCAGCAGCAGCAGCAGCAGCAGCAGCAGCAGCAGCAGGGGAAACAGCAGCGCCUUGUGACAAGCAUCUCGCAAUGGAUUUCUCUACGAGUGAAGGCUGGAAGGAGGGGCAAAGCAGCUGCACGGCAUGUUUCUGUCGACCUCACAGGUCAACCUUCCCUCAAGGAGGAGAGUGCGGACCAGCAGACCUCUAGGAGCCACACCCCAGACUUGGAAAGAGAUGACACAACGUCCAAGAUUACCAGCCCUCCUUGGUCCAGGCCUCAACCCAAGCCUCGUUCCGAACCUUUAAUGCAGCAACAAGAGCAGCAGCAGCAGCAGCAGCAGCAGCAGCAGCAGCAGCAGCAGCAGCAGCAGCAGCAGCAGCAGCAGCAGCAGCAGCAGCAGCAGCAGCAGCAGCAGCAGCAGCAGCAGCAGCAGCAGCAGCAACAGCAAGGGCCACUCUCACCGUUCCAGCAAGCCCUCCCAUCCUUCAUACUGUCUCAGCCUCCCAUAACACCUUCUCAAUUUACUCAAAAGUCACCUCUCCUACAGCCUCUUGUCCCCAUAUAUUCUACUUCUCUCACCUCCGCUGCUGUAGCCACUGCUGCCGGUAUUGCUGCCGGCGCUGCUGCUGGCUCUUCUACUGCUGCCAGGGCUGAGGCAGCAGUCCUCGCUCCCCCCUUCUCUUCAACCACCCUCUUCCACAAUACUUCCAGAAUUCCUGUAUCUAGCUGUUCACAGGCAGGCG